AUGGAUAAACCUCGAAUAAAACGAAGUCAUAGUUAUAAUCACAGGCAAUGUGGACAUCUGUAUUGGAUAUUUAUGCCACUAUACCGGAGAACUUCAUACACAUCCCGUAGCUGUCAUAAUAAUAUUUCUUUUACGAGUAUACCCAAAAAGUGGUUGAAUGACCAAGAAAUUCAAGAACAGUUGGAAAAAAUUUAUCAAAAAGCAUCUGAUGAACCUUCGGUAUCUAUAAAACCUCGUCAAUUAACAGAAUUUUGGCAAGAUUAUUGCAUUUGGCUAUCGAAAUGUAAAAACCUUGAAGAUUCACAAUCACAACGUGAAUAUUGGAUUGCAAAAGAGGAGUUUAAAAAUCUAAAUAGAGCGAUUAAAAAUGAUCUAAACCAAAAUCAAAUUCCAUGGGCUCAAUUUCAACCUCCAAUUCCAACGACCACACAAUAUUUAAUUAUUGACUUUCCCGAAAAUGAUCCUAUUUCAAAUAUGUUUGUGACAUCUGGUUUACACACUCGAGAUGAAUUCAUCAGAUCGGCAACUGGAAUUGGAUUCACGCUCGAAUUUGCAUUUCUCAUAGCCCUAGUGAUGGCAGUCUUUGGCAAUUUCUUUACGUUUAUUAUUUCUCACUCCAUCCUUAAUAAAGUAAUAUUAUUUCAAAAUACGAUUAAAAUUAUUCAAGAAAUUUCAGAAUUUUCGCUCUUCAAAUUUAUUCAUUUUCUUAAUCCUUCAGCAUUUGUGAACGAAUUUAAUGAACCUCCAUCAUUAGAUAUGAUAACAGAUUUAGUUAAAUUCCAAUUUCAUCUCAAGCAGUGGGGAUCACAAGUAGCAUUAAUAUAUAAACUCUUUUACGCAAUUAUAGCUAGACCAACGUUUUUAGUUCUAGGUUUAGUGGCAUUGUAUAUAAAACUUUUGUUAGUAUCAAGAUCUUUGGCAUGGAUUCAACAACUUACAUUUGAUUUUCCAACAGUUUGGAAGAGUUUAGUUGAUAAUCCGUUUUACUUAAUCACUUUCUUGGGUCUCGCUAAUAACAUUGCCGCAUUAUAUGGAAUCCCAUCUACAGAAGAAAGACAAGCAUUUUUUGAAAAUCAUCGAAUACAUGAGUAUGACUUUAUUAAUGCACUCAUGCAUGAAUUUGUUAAACAGAAUAGACGUUGGAAAGGUUUUUGGAAUGUUGCAUUAUAUACAAUUGGAGUCAACACUAUAUCAUGUGAUUUAUAUGGACUAGUUUCAGACCGGUUUCGAACUGUCUCUAAGUCCCAUAGCGAUAGUCCCAUAGCGAUAGUCGAUGUCGUGUUUGAAGUAACUAGUUAUGGCAUAAGUUUUAGCUAG